CCUCUGGGAAGAGGGUAUAUUCUCUCCAUCGCGGGAAUUUGGUCUCCAUGGCGAUGGCGAUGGCGUCGCGGCGGCAGGCGCUGAGAGAAUGGCGGCGAGCUCUGGCGAUGGCGUCGCAAGAUCCAGGCGAGGCGCCCAUGAAUAUCUUCGAUCGCAAGCUUAAGCGCAGCCAGAGGGACAGGGCAGCGGUGCUGCGCGCGGAUGAUAAUUCUUUGAUGGAAUCCGUCACUGAGACUCUUCUCGAUCGGCUCCUGGAUUGUAAGCGACAAUUUCCAGUUGCUCUCAAUGUAGGUGGAGCUCUGGACUAUGUCCAAAAACUUCUCAAAGGAAGAGGCGGCGUGGAGAAACUUUUCAUGAUGGAUCUAUCACUCCCAAUGCUGAACAAAUGCGCGGAAUCAAGCGCCUCUGAAAUGGAGUGCGUCCAUCUCGUUGCCGACGAGGAGUUUCUUCCCAUCAAACCAGGCUCCCUGGACUUGGUUGUUUCUUGCUUGGGACUACACUGGGUAAACAACGUUCCUGGUGCAAUGACACAGUUUCGACAAGCCUUGAAACCGGACGGCUUCUUUCUGGCAUCAAUCUUUGGCGGAGACACUCUCCGAGAGCUCAGAAUCUCGUGUCAUUUGGCUCAGCUGGAAAGAGAAGGUGGAAUCAGUCCACGAGUUUCUCCAUUCUCUCGUGUCAGUGAUGCUGGAAAUCUCUUAACACGGGCAGGCUUUGCAAUUCCAGCUGUGGACAUCCAGGACUACGUUAUGAAAUAUUCUAGUGCUAUGGACUUAAUCGAUCACAUCCGACAAAUGGGUGAGAUGAACUGCCUGAUUCAGCGAAACCCGAUCUUGAAGCGAGACACUGCGUUGGCUGCGGCCGCCAUUUACGAGUCCAUGUUUCGAGAGGAAGAUGGAUCAAUCCCCGCGACUUUUCAGGUUAUUUAUAUGGGAGGAUGGAGUCCACAUUCCUCUCAACAAAAACCCGCAAGAAGAGGCUCCGGAACCGUUUCCUUUGCAGACAUUGAGAAGGCUCUCGGAGACAAAAAAUAGAGAGAGAAAGAAAGCAUAGGUAACACACAUUCUUGAGAGUUUGAUCUAAUCGUCUCUUCAUUUUC